CGGGAUGAUUUCUUGAAGCUCGCUUAUCUCGUAACGAGCGAUGUGAUAGCGAAUAGGAUGAGGCGCGAUUUCUUUGGGGGCACCGGUAGGAAGUGCGCGAAUGCUAGGAGCAAGGUGCGUGAGAGUGGUCUUGGUUUGGGUGGAGAAUUCGGCAAUAAUGGAGGACCCAUCAUUUUUCGAGACUUUGUGGUAACAAAAUGCAAUCAUCUUAUUGGAAUAUUUUUUGACAAGGUAGAGAAUAAGGUGGGGAACAAUGGGCUGCCAUUUGAAAGAUUUGCUGAAUAA